AUGGCCCUGACUUGGGCGCGGGCUGCUGCCGGCCUGGGCUCACUGAGUUCGUUGCCUUGUGCAGCAGGGGGCCUCGUGCGGUUCUUGUGCGAUGAGCAGUGGAGUUGCUUCACCAGUUCAGAAGACAAGGAAGACUGCUUCCGAGGGAGGUCGGAAAGUUCAUGUUGCCGAGCCACGGAGCUGAUAGAGCGAAUGAUGGAGGUGGACAUGGAGGGAGACAAGUUCGUUGAUCCGGAUCACAUGCGAGAUGUCUGCUUGCAGUUGCUACAGUUUCCAAGGGCCUCUGAUGAGGUGGAGGCACAGCUGACAAGGUGCUCACGUGGUUUCAUUGGAAAUGCAAUGCUGUCGGGCGUCGUACUUUCCCUCGCAGAGCCUAGUAACAACCGAACAUGCUCGGAAGCCUGGAUGCGCGCCAGAUAUCCAAUCCAUCCGGUGCAAGAGAAGUCUGACUACGAUUAUGGGUGGUACCGAAUGGAGCCAUGGGCUUCCACUUAUGCGAAGCACUUCCGGGCACCCGUUUCUUCGAUGCUGCA